CUCUGCAACAUCAUUGUAGCGUGUGGUUCUCCUAUCGCAAUCGGUAACAACGGUCAGACAGUGGCGGAUAUGGAUUCCGGCGACGGCGAACGGACCACAGGUUGCCAUGUGGUGGCCAUGCCUUACCCAGGUAGAGGCCACGUCAACCCCAUGAUGAACCUCUGCAAGUUACUAGCUUCAAGACAAGAUGAUAUCCUUAUCACCUUCGUUCUCACUGAAGAAUGGCUCGAUUUGAUCAGCUCCGAGGAUAAGCCGGAAAACGUACGCUUCGCAACGAUCCCCAAUGUGAUUCCUUCGGAGCAAGUUCGCGGGGCGGACUUCCCCGGCUUCAUCGAAGAUGUCUCGACGAAAAUGGAAGCUCCUUUCGAGCAGCUCCUGGAUCGGCUUGAGCCGCCGGUUACUGCUCUCAUAGCUGAUACUCAUGUAAUGUGCGCCUUCGUCGUCGGGAACCGGAGGAAUAUCCCAGCGGCGUCGUUGUGGCCGAUGUCGGCGACGAUGUUUUCGGUGUUCCACCAUUUUGAUCUGCUCAUUCAAAACCAACAUUACCCAGUUGAUUUGUCAGAAAGGGGCGAGGAGCGAGUGGGCUACAUUCCUGGAAUUUCUUCGACGCGCAUAUCUGAUCUUCCGACAGUCUUCUCCGGCGACGGCCAGAGAGUCUUGAAUCGGGUUCUGGAAAUGUGCUCUUGGGUGCCUAAAGCGCAGUAUCUUGUGUUCACUUCUGUGUACGAGCUUGAACACGAGGCGUUGGAUGCUUUGAAGCGAAAGUUUUCGUUUCCCGUCUACACACUUGGUCCUACUAUACCUUACUUCAAUCUGGGAGACGAGUCCAAAGUUGCCACCACUCACAGUGACCUUAACUACAUGAAAUGGCUGGAUUCUCAGCCGAAAGCUUCCGUCUUGUACAUCUCACUGGGAAGUUUUCUUUCUGUUUCGAGUGCCGAAAUGGAUGAGAUUGCAGCCGGGUUGCGAAGCAGUGGCGUACGGUUCUUGUGGGUGGGGCGUGAUAAAGCUUCCCAGUUGCAGGAGGGUUGUGGGGAUGGAGGAUUGGUGGUGCCUUGGUGUGACCAACUGAAGGUGCUGUCCCAUUCUUCUGUAGGGGGGUUUUGGAGUCAUUGCGGCUGGAAUUCAACUCUGGAAGCUGUUUUUGCCGGCGUCCCAAUGCUGACAUUUCCUAUAUUUUGGGACCAAGUCCCCAACAGUAAGAAAAUUGUGGAGGAUUGGAAGAUUGGGUGGAGGGUGAAGGGGGAGGUGGGAUGGCAAAAUUUGGUGACCAGAGAAGAGAUUAGUGGGCUUGUGAAGAGGUUUAUGGAUUUGGAAAGCAAUGAGGUGAAAGAGAUGAGGAAAAGAGCAAAAGACCUUGAGGAGGUAUGUAGAGGAGCAAUAGCAAAAGGUGGUUCAACUCAUACUAAUCUUGAUGCCUUUCUCUCGCACAUUUCACAAUCCCGCCGCCGCUGAUCACACAGCUCUGAAUUUGGCCUUCACUUCGGAGGUGAAAUUUUGUUUUCACGUUGAAGGCCACACAAAAAUUUGAUUUCUUUGUGGAUUUUCUCUUGGUUUCCUCUUGGAAUUAAAAUAAAAUUGGCAUGGUAUUAUGGAUUAUGUUGAGGAAAUUUUUUUAUAUUCUCGAAAAAGGGGAAAUAGGCAAACCCCACCUUAGGAACCCCAACCCUGUGGUGAGUUGGAGAUAAUUUUAUGUGACAACUAAUUUUGCCAUUUUGGACCCUUCCAAAGUAGUCUUAACUCUUACGCAAGGGUUUGGACGAUAGACUUGGAAACUUUCUGUGGGGCUACCAAAAAUGAUGGAUAUUGAUGGCUUUCUCUGAUGGGUAAGGCCCAAUUCAAUUGGGGAAAAGCUGACUAUGCAUGCUGUACUCUAUUGGGCCAAGUUGGUUGUCCCAUGUGGCCCCACUGGACUGUUAUUAUAUUGACUGGCAAUAUUUAGUGGCCAUGUGAAUGAAUGUUUUUGGGUGUCAUACUGAAAAGUAGUCACCAAUCAUUGUACCUUAGCCUAUAUUCAAAUCUGUACUUGGAUCAUGAAGUUCUGUAUAUCACCUAUAGGGAGCAGAAGCAUUUUCUUUUGGUC